AUGCCCUGUGCAGAAACUGCAAACGGACCUUCACCAUCUAAAAUUCGUGAAAUUGAAGAACCAAAAUCUGUUGCUACUGUCCUGAACUACUGUCAGGGCAUAUAUAAAAGUGUUCAAAAACUGGAAAAGAAGUUUGGUAACAUUGAUGAAAAAGUAAAGAAAAUUUAUCGCUUUCGUGCCAGAUCCUACUGGUAUUAUACUCCUUUUGCAUCUGUGUCCAGAAAAUACAAUCACCUGAUGUCUAAAAGACGUAAACUCCAGAGACCGAGACGAUUCAUUCAUGAAAAUUCUGUCUCUUAUUCUGAAAGUUACAGUCCAACUUCACCAGUCUGCAUGACAAGAGAAAAUAGCCAAGAUAUAGAAAACACUGAGACUAAAGAUUAUAUUCAAAGUUUCCAGUACGCAGAUUUUACUGACAACACCCAAACUUCUCAAUACUCUGAUACUAUUGACAACACCAAGAUUUUCCAGUACACUGAUAAUAUCAACAACACCCAGACUUUCCAGUAUAUUGAUACCAAUAAUACACAGGCCUUCCAGUACAGUGAUACUGAGGACAACAGACAGGCCGUCCAAUACAGUGAUACUGAGGACAACACACAGGCCGUCCAGUACAGUGAUAAUGAGGACAACACACAGGCCGUCCAGUACAGUGAUAAUGAGGACAACACACAGGCCGUCCAGUACAGUGAUAAUGAGGACAACACACAGGCUGUCCAGUACAGUGAUACUGAUUAUAACACACAGGCCUUUCAGUACGCUGAUACUGAUUAUAACACACGGGCUUUCCAGUACGUUGAUACUGAUUACAACACAUGGGCCUUCCGGAACACUGAUAUUGAUUAUAACACACAGGCCUUCCGGUACGCUGCUACUGAUUAUAACACACGGGCCUUCCAGUACGCUGACACUGACUAUAACACACGGGCCUUCAGGUACGCUGAUACUGAUUAUAACACACGGGCUUUCCAGUACGCUGAUACUAAUUAUAAUACACGGUAUGCUGAUACUGAUUAUAACACACGGGCUGUCCAGGACACUGAUUCUACCUAUGUCACUGCUGGUAUCCAGAAUGCUGAGAACAAUGCUGUUUUCCAUUCUGAGGAUUCCCAGGCAGUGUUUUCUGGAUCCUCACUAGAGAGAGACUAUCAAGAAACUCCAUCAAGUCCUAGAUUCACUGCUGAAAUCUCUGAGCAGUAUUACAGAUUUAAAAAUGUGCCUAGCACUUCUACAGUGACCUACUACAGUGACCUUGAAAGUUCCAAUAUGGACACCAUCACUUCUGCCACUUGGAGAGUAAGGGAAGCAAGUACACCCUCACUAAGGGCAUUUAUUCCCGUAAAGAAUCCUGAAAUGAGGCAGUCCGCCUUACUGGAGGCUCAGCGAAUACCCGUGAUUGAUCCUAAUGCUUUUGGCUUUAAAUCCAAUCAGAAUGUGGCUGGCCAUUCCCAUAACAUUUAUGCCAAACAUUCCUAUAGUCCUAACAAAGAUGUCAACGGGAAGGCCCUGAUGCUUAUCAGUACUGAUACAAGGAUAAAAUAUACGGAGGUGAUGGUGGGAGUAGUCAUCAAGUUUGUCAGCUACAUUAAAAAGCUUAAAGAAGUAAACGGUAGCCAGUAA